CUUAACCCACAACAGUAAAAUCAGUCUGUAUAUGCAGUAAAGCAUGCUUGUUAUACUAACUGUGGAACCUAAGGGGUUAAUCCUCUGCACUGUUUAAAACGCAUGUUUGAUCCUCUCUUCUCUGAUCCCCCCCCUUCUUCCAAUAAGACAUAUUGUGUGGAGACACUGUACAUUCUCAGUUUGGUAUGUAUUGCUACAGAGGUUUUUUUUUUUUGGGGGGGAGAGUGCAUGUGAUCAGCACAGGGCCAAUCAGCACUGUCCAGACAGCGGUCAGGGGUUCUACAUCCUCCUAGAGAA